AUGGCAUCUGGCAGCCGCACGGCGUUCACAACAGCGUUGCUGGUGGACCGCCGGCAGCAGGCCAGCUCAGCGGCGAUCACGGCGGUGGCCGUGGACCAGCAGGGCUUGCGCCUCUACCUGGGCCUCGAGGACGGUGUGUUGGAGGAGCACGCCAUCCUGCACGGCAGCCUGGGGCCCAGGGCAUCCCUGGCGGCCCGCAAGCACGCUGCCAAGAAGGCCAUCCUGGGCAUCCAUCUACUGCCCGCGCAAGGCCUGGUGGUGCUGCUGAGCGAGGACGGCGUGGUGCAGCUGCUGGAUGGCGACACACUUGAGGGGCGGGCCUUGCCGCUGCGGAACGCGGUGGCCACGUGCAUAGCGUCGCCGCCGGGGCGCCCGCCCCGCCUGGCGGUGGCUGCCAAGCCGAGCAAGAAGGCAAUCAGGUUUAUGGUGUUUGAGCUGGCUCAGCCCGCCAGCAGCGCCGGCCACCUGUCGCCCUUGCAGCAGCUGCCGCACCCGCACCUGCUGGGCCAGGCAGAGGUGCCAGACUCGUCCCCCGGCGUGCACAGCAUGGGCUGGGUGGGCGGCCAGCUGGCGGUGUGCGCCGGCAUGCGCUACCUGCUCGUCUCGCCCUUCGGGCCCGUGGGGUCCGCAGCGGCGGGCGGCAGCGGCCCUGGCUCCUCACAGUGGCGGGAGCUGCUGGCUGUGCCGGAGGAGCUGGCCUACUCGCCUGCCAUGCUGGCGCCUCUGCCAGACCUGGGCAGGGCGGUGCUGGUGGUGGGCCCGGCGGGCAUUGUGGUGGAUGCGGCGGGCAGCCCUGUGGGCAGCACGCUGCGGCUGGAGUCGCUGGGCGCCACGCCGCGUGCCCUGGCCGCCUCCGGCGCCUUCUUGCUGGUGGUCAGCGAGGCGGCCAUCCACGUGUUUGACCGGGACAGCGGCGCAGAGGUGCAGCGCCUGGGCUUUGGGCCUGGGCUGCGCCCGGCGCCCGGCCAGAGGUUGCAUGCUGCAGCCGCCGACGGCGCCGACGGCAGCAGCGCCGACGGCGGCGAGGCUGGAGGCGGGCGUGUGGGCUGCGUGGUGGUGGCGGGGCGGCGCCUCGCCUGGCUGUGCCUGCCCGUGUCGCCGGCAGACCAGGCCCGCGAGCUGCUGGGGCAGCGGGAGUAUGAGGCGGCGCUGGAGCUGGUAGAGCAGGGCCUGAGGCGGGGCAGCCCUUGGGCGCAGGUGGCGGCGGCGCAGGCAGCGCUGCUGCUGCUGCAUGAGUGUCGGUUUGAGGAGGCGGUGGGCUGCCUGGAGCAGUGCAGCCCACCCACGUUUCAGCCUUCCCAGCUCUUCCCGCUGUUCCCCACCUACACGGCUGCCUGGGCGCAGCAGGUGCCUGGCCAGCAGCAGUAUUGGGGCCUGCAUGCCCCGCUGCCCAGCCUUGAGACGCUCAUCAGCAGGAAGCUUGCCAGUGACAGGGUGCAGUACCCUGGGCAGCCCAGCGGCGACAGCAGCGGGCAGCCCAGCCCAACUGGCGGUGGGCUGGGCCUCAAACUGGGCAGCAGCAGCCGCAGCAGCAGCUUGUUUGCAUUAGAAAGCAGCAGCGGCGGCGCAGGCUCGCCGCCCGCCUCCCCGUCGCCUACGGCUGCCGCGCCUGGCGGCAGUGCGGCGCAGCAGCCUCAUGGCCGGGGUCAGCAGCAGCACGCGAAGCAGCACGAGCAACAGACUGAGGUGGCGGCAGCAGAGCAUCGUGCGCCCCAGAACGGCGCCCUGCAACCGCCUGCAGCCGGCGAGGGGCCCCGGGCGCAGCAGCAGCAGCAGCGGGACGCGCGGCGAGAGCACUUGCAGCGGCAGGCCUGGGAAGGCUUAGCGCAGUACCUGUUCAGGGUGCGCAUGCUGGAUGGUGUGGCUUGCCUGGAGGGAGUGGACACCUUGCUGCUGCUGCUGCUGGCAGACCUGGGGGCUGCCCGCCAGGUGGCGGCCUUUGCGGCGGUGCCCAACCGCGUGCACGUGGCGGCGGUGGAGCCUCGACUACAGGCGGAGCAGUGGCACCACGCGCUGGCCACGCUGCACGCUGCGCGCGGCGAGGCUGACGUGGCGCUGCGCAUCUGGCGCCAGGUGGCGGACGGCCGGCUGGCGUCGCCCGCCGGCCCCGCGGUGCAGGCGGCGGAGCGGCGGGAGGCGCUGGAGUCUGCUGCUGCGCUGCUGCGGGACCCUGCCACCUGCCCCGAGUCGGCGCUGGUGGGAUACCUGCCCUGGCUGCUGGAGGCCAGCCAGCCGGCGGCGCUGGGGGUGCUCACGGCGCGCAGCCUGAUGCCCGCCGCGGUGCUGCCGCUGCUGCCACCCGAGUCGGAUGUCCGCUGGCAGUACCUGGCGCAUGUUGUGGAGGCAGGGGGGCCUGGGGCCGGCCCCGCGUUGCACACAGAGCUCGCCACCCAGCUGGCAGCAGCCAUCCUGCGAGCGCAGCCGGCGCUGCGCGCCGCGGCGCCGCCGGGGAGCGGCCCCAGCCCGCGCCGCCGCGCCCGCGCCGACGCCGGUCGCAGCAGCGCCGCCGGCCGCCGCGCCUCGCGCGCCUCCGUCGCCGAGCUGGUCAGCGGCGGCAGCCUGGAGCCGGGGCCGGGAGCCGGCGCCGUGGAUGCCAUGCGACUGCGCCUGAGGGCCCACCUGGAGCGCUCGGCGGCGCUGGAUGGAGAGGCGGUGCUGCGCAGCCUGCUGGGCACCGCGCUUCACGAGGAGCUGGUGCUGGGCGACCACAUGUCGGCGCUGCGCGUGCUGGCGGUGACGCUGCGUGACGUGGCGGCUGCUGAGGCCUACGCGCGCGCCCACCUGCGCCCCGCCGACUACCGAGCCCUGCUGCUCCUGGUGCUGGAGCCGGGGGAGGGGCUGGAGCCGCGCUGGGAGGACGCCUGCCACCUAAUCACCGCCCUGGGCGACCAUCUGGAUCCUCAGGAGGUGCUGCGGGCGCUGCCGCCGGGCAUGCCGCUGCCCGCCGCCGCCCCCGUGCUGGCUCCCAUGCUGCGCGACCGCCUGCACCGCCGCCGCGUGGCGGCCCUGGCCAAGAACCUGCACCGCGCGCGGCUGGCGGUGGUGGCGGGGGCGCAGUGCGACGGCGAGGCGCGGCACGUGGCGGUGGAUGAGGAGCGGGCUUGCCCGCACUGCCACCUGCGCCUGGGGGGCAAGGUGUUUGUGGUGCUGCAGCCGGGCAUGCUGCCAGGGGCGGCAGCAGGCCCGACAGCUGCUCCGCGGCCGGGGCCGGGCAGCGCAGUGGCGGCAUCCGAGCGGCAGCAGCAGCAGCAGGGGGGAGAGGAGCCAGAGGGGCUGCGCCCGCCGGGUGACGACAGCAUGGCGGCGGCGGUGCGGCAGCUGAGGCAGCAGCUGGCGUCGGGGCAGGCGCCGCAGGUGAUGUGCUACGCCUGCUACCGCCGGCUGGCGGGGGCAGCCUCGCUGCCCAGCACGGCGCCGGCGUGA